GAAAGAAGGAGGAUGAUAGAGGAGCGAGCAUAAGCCGCUUUUGGGCUUUUGGUUUCUUUCCUGGGCCAGCUUGAAGGGCCGGGAGAGCAUGAGGAAUGGGACCAUCCCGCUGUGCAAUUCAACCGGCACAGCAGCUACCGAUUCCCGGGGCCGGACCUGUUAACACUUGACCAACAGCACGGAAGCUGCAGAAGUCUUACAUGACACAGAGCUCCACUCAUUCACCAUGGCCGCGGCGUCUAAGUAACCAUCGAUAGAGGAGAGAGUACGAGAGUAAAAAAGUUGCUUCUAGGAACCACUGCAGCUGGCAAAGCUUUGUGGUUUGCUAUAAAGGGCGCACUUGGUAGGAGAAGCUGUGUCAUUGCUUCUGCAUCUCACUUGUGCGCGAAGGGGAUGGUCAAGAAGUCCAAAUUGUUCCAUAUGGACUGCGAGAAUGUCGCAUGCACCGCGAAUCCGGGACUGUGGACAAGAGCUCGGCACCAUUUGCUGCCACGAAGGACAUUCUGCUUGGAUUCGUAGACGACUGUAGUUGGAUGUUUUGUUUGCAAAAGCGCUCUUCUGAGUCUUCUAUAGGUGUUACGAUCUGGCCUGCGAGAAGAUUCUAAUUCCCACACUGAACCAUUUUUCUCGUCAAAGGUUCACCCUUUCCCUUCAUCAUGUAGGUCUUGUAUUCGACGAUAGGUUCCAGCGCAUAUUUUCCUGACUGUAAAAUUUGCGUUUGGUUGCGAUCCUUCGUUCGUCGUGAGUGCAUGCAAGCUUGGUCGGCUUCAAAGAGCGUGCUUCUGAUAACAACUAUCGAAGACAUCAUCGGAGUCUAUCUUUCCACACGUAGAAUUAAACUUUUUGAUGUCUCGGUAUAUGUACUGAAUCUGCUUCACAGUCGAAGCCAGUCUUUGUGUGAUAUCGGAGCGCCGUAUCUGUUCUGUUCGCUUUUCGUCUAAACCUUCACCCUGAAGCUUUCCACCUGUAGCUUCUGUCGUCCGAGGCGGAAACACUGUGUUCCGCGAUCAGGUAUUUUGUCCGCGCGCUACUUCUAUCACUUGAGGGUGGUUGAGCUUCUCACGAAGCGUUCUCCUAUUUUUCCUUCCGUGCAUCUUGCUCUCAUUGACAUCGCUUUGCUGCUCUAAAACUCCGACUGCCUGCAUGCGGGACGGAAUUACCGUGACAUCUGGGGCGUCUAAGACACAUGAAGCCUGCAAGUAGGAGCAUGCACAUUGGCGAGAGACACGAACGUUUAACCUGAUCUCUACGCACACCAGUGUUUGUAUCAACUGAUCUGUCAUCCUGGGCACAACUGUCUCGAGAUAUUUUCUUCAUCCGAGGUGUUGGCAGCUGGAAUGAGAUGUUGGUCUCCCGUCAAAUCACGUUGCCGGAAUUCCGUCAGAACGCUUGGUUGCAGCGGGAGUAGUGAUUGUAAGAUCUCGUUGUUAUCUGUCUGUCCGGUUGAAAGACUCCUUAGCUGAGAGAUGCCAGUCGUGAGCCAGUUCACAUGUCACCCCAAACCAGCCACUCGGUCUCCUUAUAUAUACUACCCUCAGCCCUAAUCCGUCAGACUUACUUUGGUUGAUCUUAAAGACCGUCUGAGUUGUGCCACUGGUACAAAUAACGAACAGGAAACACUCAACAGGGUUCGUGAGGCACUCAGCUGGAAACAAAGGCAUCCUACGUAUGAGUUUCCAGAUCUACUGUCGAAUGUCUGCAUUCUCAAUCCAGUAUAUCUGAUCACUUCAUAUGCUGCAAUGCUCUAUGUCUGCAUCUGCACCUGCACCAGUUCUACUCUUGCUUUGGCCAAAUUUCUGGAGCUCGAUCAGUUCGGGUGCAGGUGUGGUUGCAGAUACAUAACAUUGUCGCUCCUGCAACCACAUGUACUACAGUGAAAGUCAAGUAUUCAAGUAUGGUCUCUCACGAAGAAAGUGUGUUUCGAGAUCUUUGAUAGAUGUACAAGACAUAACGUGCAUGCCGAGGCACGAGAAGAGGAAGUCCAUUUUGGUUCGUGACGAUUGCGUCAUACAGCUCCUAGACAACGACACGAGCUCGUUUAAGAUCAUCUCGGUGAACGUUGAUGGAUCUUAUCUUGGAGCCUAAUCCUUUUCAUUUCGGAUGGAGCCAUGAUAAUCGAUUUUUUCAUGAGCCGGUCGAUGUUCCAUUAUCUUUAAGAAGCCGGAAGCUUCGUAAUCAACAACUCAACGGCGACAUACCUUAAGCUCGGAGAGAUAGAGAUGGUGUAGAAUCUACCCGCAAAUUGUCUGAAUUGCAGAGCAUUACUGGCCGCUAUCAUUGGCGUGAGUUACUUGCAUUAAAUCCGAGGCAUAUGUCUUACCCAUGCGUCGUCAGAUAACCUGAUCGGUGGAAUAUGUCUCACGUGCAGUUUCCACAUCAUGGAAAUCUUCCCUGGAAUCCUAAAUCGAUGCAUGUUUUCUGUCGACAAAGAAGUCAGUUUUAGUCCGACGAUAUAUUCCGACUAUCGGACAAUUGAUCUGACAGUUCGUACCGGGAAGAUUUGGACAUGUCCUUUGCGAGUCCUCAUUUCCAAGUCACUACUGCUCAAGGUUAUACAUCUUUUGAGUGGUCCCAGCCCAUGUCGAGAGUACCUUUUCACGUGGUUACCCACAGAAGACUGUCUGAAGAAGGACCUACUGGCACACGUCACUUUACCCUUUUGUCUCUCAUCCAGUAAUAAUGUUUCGUUCUACUCGGAAGGCUGUGAAUAUACUUUACAUAUUGCAGACUGUUGUGUGUAGAAUUUGACAUACCACUCCCCCGGCGUUUGUGUACUUUCUAAGGCUUAUUGUGCCUGCGUGUGGAACAGGUGUAUUGGUAGUAACACAAACAUCGAUAUCACGUGGCACAUGUAAAACUCUCGUAUACUGGACCAGUAGCAAGGUUUGGACAUAUAUUUUGCUUCUAGUUACGAUUCUUGCAGCAUUGGAGUAGGCG